GCCGGAGCUCUCCGGGAGACGCUUCCGGGUUGGCGGCCGGAAGCGGCGAGUGCCUGGCGCAGGGUGAGGAGCGCGGAGGAGCCGCUGGGGCGCACGGGGCGGCGGCGGGAGGCUCCGGGCGGCGGCAUGAAGGGAGGCGGCGCAGAUUGCUGGAGGUCUGAUCUGUGCAGCACCAUGGACUCCUCAGAAGAGACUGGAGGCUUCUCUGCAGAAGAGAACUACUUUGUGAACUAUACCUUCACUGACCGCUCCCACUCAGGCCGUGUGGCCCAGGGCAUUAUGAAACUGUGCUUGGAGGAUGAACUCUUUGCUGAUGUUACAAUCUCAGUGGAAGGCAAAGAAUUCCAGCUGCACCGUUUGGUCCUCUCAGCUCAGAGCUGCUUCUUCCGUUCUAUGUUCACUUCCAACCUAAAGGAGGCCCACAACCGGGUAAUUGAGCUGCAGGACGUGAGCGAGAGUGUCUUUCAGCUCCUUGUGGACUACAUUUACCAUGGGACUGUAAAGCUGAGGGCAGAGGAGUUGCAGGAAACCUACGAAGUGGCAGACAUGUACCAGCUCACUGCGCUGUUUGAGGAGUGUUCCCGUUUUCUGGCACGUACAGUGCAGGUUAGGAACUGUCUGCAGGUCAUGUGGUUGGCAGAUCAGCACAGUGACAUGGAGCUCUACACAGCUGCCAAACACUGUGCAAAGUCACAUUUGUCUCAGCUGCAGGACACGGAGGAGUUCCUACACCUGCCUCUCCGCUUGCUGACAGACAUCCUUACAGAUGGCGUCCCAUGCUCUCAGAAUCCAGCAGUUGCCAUAGAAACCUGGAUCAACUUCAACAAGGAGGAGCGAGCGGGCUUUUCAGAGACGCUGCGGUCGAGUCUGAAGGUGAUUGGAGAAAAUGUUCACAUCUACCUGAUUGGGAAAGAGUCAUCGCGUACCCAUUCACUCGCUGUCUCACUGCAUUGUGCUGAUGAUGACUCCAUAAGUGUGAGUGGCCAGAACAGCCUGUGCCACCAGAUCACUGCAGCCUGCAAGCAUGGUAGUGACCUGUACGUCGUUGGUGGCUCUAUUCCACGACGCAUGUGGAAGUGCAACAAUGCAACUAUAGACUGGGAAUGGUGUGCCCCUCUGCCCCGGGACCGGCUCCAGCACACCCUUGUGUCUGUGCCAAGCAAGGAUGCAAUAUAUUCACUGGGAGGGAAGACUCUGCAGGACACACUCUCUAAUGCUGUCAUCUAUUACAGAGUACGAGACAAUGUCUGGACAGAGACCAGCCAGUUGGAAGUGGCAGUCUCUGGAGCUGCAGGUGUAAACCUUAACGGUGUCAUUUACCUACUGGGUGGGGAGGAAAAUGACUUGGACUUCUUCACCAAGCCCUCUCGGCUAAUUCAGUGCUACGAUACCAACACGGAGAAAUGCCACGUGAAGCCGUACGUGCUGCCUUUUGCGGGGCGCGUGCACGCUGCUGUGCACAAGGAUGUGGUGUUCAUUGUGGCUGAGGGGGACUCGCUGCUGUGCUACAAUCCUUUGCUGGAUAGCUUCACCCGUCUGUGCCUGCCAGAUGCCUGGAGCUCAGUGCCCUCCCUCUGGAAAAUCGCCAGCUGCAACGGCAGCAUCUACGUCUUUCGUGACCGCUACAAAAAGGGUGAUGCAAACACUUUUAAACUUAACCCGGCCACCUCUGUUGUAACAGUCACAAGUGGCAUCAAAGUGCUGCUUACUAACCUGCAGUUUGUCCUGGCCUAAGGGGACAAACAGGUCCAGGCAUAGACGGGGCAGCAAGGGUGUUCUGCAGUGCAGUGGCACCCACCUCCCUCAGUACCAGUCCUAAUUACUGUGAGCUCAGAACGUCCAGUAAAGACCCCCUCCUCAGUACCUGUGCAGAGGACAUUUGGGCUUUGAGGCCGUGGGCUUCUUUUACAUAGCACUAUUAAAGUUGAACUGCUACAUCUUAAGAUUACAGAUGGACUAAAUGCUACUACUUUGAUCCCCUGAUGAUAGGCUGCUUGUGUUUGAGGCCCGAACUGCAGCAAAUAGCUCUUUUAGCCUGAGAACAGUCCACCAGUAACAAAUCCUGUGGCAUAUGGACAAUGUCCUCCUUGGCCCAGGCUGCUAGUUUUAACUGCCUGGGAGGCUGUCUGUUGCUCUUGUGUCAGUCACAGAUUUAGGUGUGCACUGUGUCCUCCAGGGAAUUUCCUGUUUAAACAUUCCUAUGUCCCUACUGCAGAAGGAGGGACUGUCAGAAAUACUUGCAGUAGACAGAUUCCAGAGCUGAACCCGAGACCUCUAGUAGGUUGCAUUAUUGAUCACUUCUAGAGGAGAGGGCACUUGCUCCUUGUUCUGCCGUGACAACCAUAAAGAGGGAGAUCAUUUGUACAAGCAUUGGCUUCCUUUACUGCACAGGGAAUCUCGACCUGUAAUCAUAACCUAGUGUUGGUGAAAGAUGCAAUUAAGACCACUUCCUCCUACCCUUCUCUGUUGGCACUGUAAUUCUUUGGGUAAGAAUCUGAAUAAAGUCCCUGCUGAGACAAA